UUAUAAAUUUCUUUAUUUAAUCAAAGGAACAAGCUUUAAGUUGUGCUCUAAUAAGCAAGCGCAUUUCAUCCCCAAUAUGUUUACGAUUAACUUUAGCACCAUUAAUAUAUGGCGAGUACUGAUCCUUGUGCCUUUACUGCAGCUUCUCGUGGAAAGCGAAGCCAGAAGCUUGAGGGACAAGCCAGAAAGAGCUGAUGAGGAGAAAUCCUCUGCUGAUUACCUGCAGAACUAUGCAGAGCAUAUGAAAUCCUAUAUGAAUUUCAGUGUGGCGCCAUGUGACAACUUUUACGAGUACGCGUGCGGCAACUAUCCGCGUGCCAAGGCAGACCACUUCUCCGUACAUCGAAGGAAUAACAUCAACGACUUAAUGUUCACACUGAAUGAUAUAACGGUUAAGUUGCUGGGUCGGACGCAUCUAGCGGAGACCGUAAAUGUGUCCAAGGAGCUAGUGGUAGCCAAACGAUUCUACAAUGCCUGUCUGGCGGCAGAACUCGUGCAGUUUUCGGCGGCCGAUCCCGCUUACCUGUCUCUCAUUAGAUCGUCAGGAGGAUUCCCCGCUGUCGACGGAGCCUCCUGGAAUGUAUCUAAAUUCAGCUGGGUCAACAUGAGCUCCCACUUGACCAACUACGGAGCCAAUGGACUGAUCCACGAGGAGCUUGUAGCACGUUUUCCCUUUGAGCCGUUAUUUAAACCGCCACAGCUAGGAUUCGACCACAUCGUCCAGACGAUCAACAUUGCCAGCAAUGAUUCUCGCGCCUUCCGGCUCAAUGAUAAGAGGAUGCGGGGCUACCUACAAGCCUACAAUGUGCCCGAAGACAGGAUUAUAGAAGUGAUAAACGGAGUGUUUGCCUUUUGGCGUGACGCACUCAAGGUGACCGAAGAGUUUAAUGACGCCUGCGAGUCUUUGUCCUUUGAGGAGGCCGAGGACGAGUUUCCAAAGUUAAGGAGCUACUACGCAAUCGCCUGGAACGGAGUGAACGUCACCGAGGACAAUAACUGCUACACUUUAUUCGCAGAGCUGGACAAGGUUUGCACCCAACACCCGGAGGCCGUGGCAAACUAUCUGGCGAUGCAGUUGCUCUACGUAUUCGAUGCCAAGCUGACGGAGGCCAAGUACCAACAGGAUUACUGCGCCAAAACGGUUCGGGAAACUAUGUCGUUCCUUAUAGACAAACUCUACAUGGCGGAGCUUUUCAGCGAGGAGAAACGCUUGGAGGUAUCGGCAAUGGUGCUGGAGCUAAGGAAGAGUGUGCGAAAAUCUCUAGAAGAGGCCGAAUGGCUAGACACAGAGUCACGAGUGGAGGCUCUGCUGAAGGAGUCCACUCUGAAGUCACGUGUCGGAUCCCUUAAGGACGAAGCACUUACCGAUCGGUUGAUCCGGGAGAUUGCCAGCCUGGAUAUCGUUGAGGACAGCUUUGCUACAACCAAUAUCAACCUAGCGAGACACAGUAUCAAGACCGACCGCUACAGCAGCCUUCACUUCGAAGAAAUGGCCAACGACACCCUGCCACAGAGCACUUAUCUGGGAAUGCAGGUUCAAGCUGCCUACUACAUCAUUGACAAUUCUAUUAACGUGAUGGCCGGCAUUCUGCAACCACCCGUCUACCACCGAGCGUGGCCCCAAUCCCUGAAAUUCGGCACUCUGGGUUACAUCGUGGGUCACGAACUCACGCAUGGCUUCGACACGACCAGCUCCCUGUUCGAUAGCAAAGGAAAUAUCCGAUUCUGGUGGACGAAGGAGACACAACGCGCGUUCGACAUUCGAACAUUUUGCUUUAUCGAGCAGUACAGCGACUAUACUAUACCAGAGAUAGGCCUCAGUAUCAACGGCGUUAAGACCAAAGAUGAAAAUAUCGCCGACAAUGGAGGACUGCGGCAAGCAUUUGCCGCCUACCACAGCCACAUGAAGCAACAAUUGGAGGAUCCGGAGCAGCAGAGUGUCAGCGAACAGUUGCCAGGCCUAGACCUCAAGCCUGACCAGCUCUUCUUCUUGGGAUUUGCGCAACUCUUCUGCUCUGAUUUCCAGGAGGAGCACUAUUAUAAACAUCUGACUGAUGUUCAUACCAUCGACAAAUAUCGUGUUCUAGGGGCAAUAUCCAAUAGCGACGACUUCUUCCAGGCCUACAACUGUCCUGUGGGAAGUGGAAUGCGCCCUGAAAACAAAACCUGUCGUUUAUGGUAGGGUGUAGCACCAUUAAGUUGAAAAUAAAUAAUUGUUUGAUUUUUAAAAUCGCUUGUUUAUAAAUAUAUUCAAUCUUUGAAAUUA